UUCCCUGAAAGUGCAAGGCAGCUCUCUCUCCUAAAUGGAAGCUGAAGACGGCCUCCUUGCCCUGUUGGACCACUACUGGUUCCAAACCCUAAUUCUCCACCGGAAAAGUUUGCCGCAUACGGCUCCUGUAGCUCCGGCGAUCUCCUUUGAUACAGGCUAUGACGAAUCUUUGUCAUCAGAGCCUUCACUACGUCCGCCUCCCCCGGACCUUUUACUCCGCCGCCACCGCCGAUCUAAAAGUGACGAGCUCGCUCCCUUCCCUGUUCUCCAAGUCCAGUCUCCCAAGCUCCAUACUAUUUUCUCUGGCAAGGUAGAUGCCGAGUAUCCGUAUCGGAUAGCGCCACCGGCCGGCGAAAGCAGAGAACGAAGAUUUAAGAGUGAUCUGGAUCGGCGGGGGCUGAGGAGGCGGGAGCUGAAGGGAGAGAGCAAGAGCCUCACAGAUCUGGAGUUUGAAGAACUGAAGGGGCUUAUGGAUCUAGGAUUCACAUUCCCGGAUGCUGAGGCGGCGGAUCCGCGGCUGAUUUUGAUCGUUCCGGGGCUCCAGCGGCUGAGGGAGGCGGCUUUGGAUAGAGCGGAUUCGGUGGAGGAAACAUCCUCUUCGGCAUCGGAUGUUGCGGAGGAGGCUGCGGUGCCGAGGGCGCCGUAUCUAUCCGAGGUGUGGGAUGCUGCGGAGGCGGAGGAGGAAAGGCGUAAUGUUCUUUUGAGGAACUGGCGAAUUCCGGUCGCGGGCGAUGGGAUUGAUAUGAAGGAUCAUCUCCGUUUGUGGGCUCACGCGGUGGCGUCUGCAGUUCGUUGAUUUUUGGGUGCCACUGAUUUGAUUUUACUGUUAAGUUCUUUCGCCCAUCUUCUCUACUGCAGCCGACGAUUUUGUAGCUAUUGUUUGAUACGAAUCUCUCUCUCUCUCUCUCUCUCUCUCUCUCUCUCUCUCUCUCUCUCUCUCGAUAUCUCUAAUGUCCUGCUUGAAUUGUUUAUGUUCAACUGUCCACGCUUGUUUUUUGUUCACGACGACGAGGUUUCGGAUUAACUGUAAAUAAACGAAUGAAAUCUUCAGUUUUCUUCAAAAUUUAUAUAUUUUUCUCUCUUGAUCUGUUUUUUAAA